AUGAUGCAAAUGCUCAUUUCAUUACCAUAUAUUUCCACUAAGAAAAUCGGGUACUGUCAUUAUGAGCCAUGGAUGGGAUACUAUACAUUAGUUACGGGAGUUGUUGUACCCUUAUCGAUCAAUAUUACAUUGAACGUGCUUAUCCUCAUACAUGUUCGAUCUUCAACGCGUCGUGUUCAAACGAGAUCAACCGACACAUCAGCACAAAUAAAUAAUAAUCAACAAGUGAAAAUCACUCGUCGAGAUAUUUCAUUAAUGAAACAUAUGAUUUUCAUGUUCUCAAUGUUUAUCAUCGGUUGGACACCGGUUCUGAUUAUUUAUCUCAUAAAUAUAAUCUUCGGUGUUCUUAACGUCACCAUACACAUCGCUGUCAUAUGUAGUCAAGUAUGCAUAGCUGGCAUUGUCGUUAAUCUAUUUGUUUACAAUCAUGAAAUGAAACAGUAUUUGUCAAAUAGAAUUCGACUUUACUUUUAA